GACUACCGAUAUAUUAUUAACCAUUUCCUGGGAAAAAGCCAACCAAUUCCCAAUUUCUUUCUCCUCCAGGAAAUAUCGUCAUCACAACAGCAAAUGGAGAGCGAGGACGACGACUACGGCGGUGGUGUGGUCCUCGCCGGCGCCGAAACUUUAGACUUCAACAUGGAUGCGAGGCCGACUCCCAGCAUGGCGGAAAAGCGCAAGCGCAAACGGGAGAGGGAAAAGCUCAACAGGCAAAUGAGCAAAAAGGCCAAGUCGGAGGACGACGAGGCCACCACCCCCCAGACCACGCCCAAACAUCGGGGCAAGAAGGGGACGACGAGGAAGGGCCGGGAGAGCAUGUCCACAGCGACGGACGUCCCUGGCGGAGAGGGUGACCCCGUCAAUGAGGAUAUGGCAAGGAUGGAUCCGAGAUUACUGGCGGAUUACGUCGCCCAGCGCUUGAGACGCUUCGAGAAGGACCUGAGCUCUGUGGAAUUGGAUGAUCGCUACAUAUCCGGUUGGCCCCCUUACAAAGUUAUCGGGAUCAGUCUACAUGAGCAAUGGGAUUUGUCGCUGAUCCUUGCAGAAUCCGCGUUUUUGGAUACCACGUCAUUCACCUCUCCCAGGACAUUGGGGAACCUCCCAGCGUACCUGGAAACCUGUUCGCCCCCCCACCCUCCCCAUCUUGCCAUUCUCUGACUGAAUCUCUAGUCUCCAAAUUCGCACUCGUUAAAUCGCCGGCGACACCGGGGACUCCUCACACCCUAGUCCUGACUUCCGCCGCCCUCCGAGCCACAGACCUUGCGCGUGCGGUCCGCAAGUACCAGACAAAGGAUAGUCUGGUGGCUAAACUGUUUGCAAAGCACAUCAAGCUGAAGGAUUCCGUAACAACGUGUCAGACCAGCCGGAUGGGCAUUGGUGUUGGAACGCCCGGGAGGAUGCUGGACCUGAUAAAGCAGGGCGCGUUGAAGGUGAACGAACUGAGGAACGUGGUUAUCGAUGCGUCACAUAUCGACAAGAAGGGAUUUGGCGUUUUUGACGUUCGGGAGGCGCAGAAGGGCGUGAUGGAGAUUCUGGGGUUCGCUGGAGUGAGGGCGAGAUUCGAGAGUGGCGAAGGGAGAAUAAUGUUUUAUUAGAAAAGAUUCUGGUGAUGUUUGUAUGAUAUUAUGAUGAUGUUAUGAUACUCUAAAAUCUCGUG